UCCGUUUUGUUUGUUGUGGUCGUCUGGGAAUGUUGCAAUAAUUUUAAUGUUUUUUUGGUGAUAUCUCUGAAAUCGGUUCUUGUGACAGACUUUUUUGAAUAACUUAUCAGCAAUUAGGAAUUCAUACGGAAGUUCACGGCUUGAUUUUAAUCACGAUCUUCAAAUUCUACGUCUUCUCUGAUCGUAUUCCAGUGGUGAGAGCAUGUGAAAUGACCAUUUUUUAAUUUUUUCGAGAUCACAUGCCAGUAUUUCAUGUAUAUUGAGUUUGUACAGCAUAUAGUUCAAUAUGAAUAGUAAACAGCUACUAGUGAGCGAGUUUAUCCAAAAUAAGCAUAAUCUUGUGAUUCUGGGACAGGCAGGCACAGGGAAAACAUUUACCAUUACAAACGUUUUGAAUAAAUUUAAAGAUGACAAACGUAAAAGUGUUGUAUUGACAUGUUACACAGGAAUUGCUUGCAGACAAUACAGAGGAUCACCAUUUACUGCAACCACAUUACAUAGGUUUGCCGGUCUUGAAGAUGGAAGGCAUGAUGUAACUAAACUUGUAAACUUAUUAAUGUCUGAUGAAAGGUAUCAGAAAACAAAAUAUAGAAUAAUGAACACUGACAUUUUGAUAAUCGACGAAGUUUCGAUGGUCAGUAAAAAAAUACUUGAAAGUGUUGAAUAUUUAUGCAGAAAGUUAAGAAACCAAAAUAAAAUAUUUGCUGGAAUUCAGGUAGUCUUGUGUGGGGAUUUUUAUCAUUUGCCUCCAAUUAAAGAUAAAGUGUAUGAUGAUAAUGGGUUAUUUUGCUUUGAAGCUUUUUUUAAACAAUUUUUUUAAACACAUAAUAGUUGUGAAUGAAGUUUACAGACAGGAUGAGGACUCUUUGAUAAAUGCAGUCAAUGAAUUAGAGAAAGGAGUGCCAUCUGAAAGGACAAAUGAAUUUUUAAAAACUUUGUCAAGGCCUUUAAAUGUACCGUCGACUGAAGUUAUCAAGCUAUUUGCAAGAAACAUUGAUGCUGACAUAUGUAAUUAUAAUAUCUUGAAUGAAUUACCAGGUGAAAUUUUCACGUUUGAUUCACAGGACUUUGGAGAUACAUAUUUUUUGAGGAAAUUUAUUGCGCCAAAACAUCUGGGUUUAAAAAUUAAUGCAAAAGUUAUGUUGUUAACAAAUCUUACUGAUGAGUAUGUAAAUGGUCUAGUUGGAACAAUUGUUAAUAUUAACCAUAAGUGUAUAGAGGUUAACUUUGAUGGUAAAAUUGUGAAAAUAACAAGGAUUCUGUUUACUAAGUAUGAUCCUGUCACAUCUGUAAUUUUAUCCCAAAGAUACCAGUUUCCACUACGCCUAGCUUAUGCAGUUACAAUACACAAGUCACAAGGAAUGACUAUUCCAUUUGUUGAAAUUGAUUGCAAAAAUGCCUAUAGCCCGGGACAAUUGGGAGUUGCUGUUGGUAGAGCAGUGUCAACAACGGGUCUUAGGGUUUUAAAUUAUAAUCAGAAUAUAGUUAAAAAACAUCCAGAUAAAAUUAAUCUUUUUUAUAAAAGUAUUGAUUCAAGCACUUUAGUAACAGAUUUGUCUGACAAUAUAUGCUGCUCUUCCUUGGUAUCAACUACAGAACUUACAGAAAGUGACAUGAAAGGAGGCAGUGAAAGUGAGACAAUUAAAGGGACUCAAUCAACUUCUUUACCAAUACACAGUGAUUCAUCUGACAGUGAAAGUGAAGAACUUUUAAAUAUAUUGUCCUCAUUUCAUGAAGAACAUAACUACUAUGCUUCCAGUUCACAUGUAUCUGAAAACAUGGUUCGAGCUUUUGAAAUAGCAAUUCAGGAUUACAUUGGCACUUCAGAAGAGGUUCCAGUCAGGCAAGCAUGUGCUUUGUUACUGAAAAGCGAUCAGUGUGUUUCUUGGUAUAAAGUGCAACAUGAAAAGGUUCGAGUUAUGUUUGAAACAAGUUUCACAGCAGAACCAGGGAAAAAUCAGCCAUGUCAUCUAUCAAACUUUUAUGCCAGUUUUAACAAAUAUAUAUGUUCAACAGAGUACUUACAAGAAAUGGAACAGUUCAGUAACAUUCAUUAUGGACACGAGAUACUAACAUCAGUAAUGUUUGCUAUACAAGCAUAUCGCAUGGAACAUAAAUCGCAUUUGGUGAAUUUCGAAAAAGUGGAUGUAAAUGUCUUUCCAAAACAGCAAUGUCCACCAGGAAAUGAUGGUAAACUUCGGUACAUAGCUGGAUACACCAUUGCAAAAUGUAGAUAUCGUCUGUGUUCAGCGUUGAGAAAUCGCCUUUUUGUACCUGGAAUGGAAAUCGAGAUUAAUCAACUUAAUGAAAAAAUAAAAAUUUUGGACACUUGUAUUGUAUCAGGAACCGAUAUUGUAAAAGAGACAAAGUAUCCAAAAUCACUAGAAGAAAUUCAUAGGAAACAAAAUGAAAGAGAAGGGCUUACAAACGUAACAGACAGAACUUUUGAAUUUUUCUGCAAACUACAACAGACGGCCGUAAUUUUAAUGUCUUUUGAGUCAUUGAAGUCUCAAAGAAAGUAUUUGUUUAGAUAUGUUUACAAUAAUGUUGUUAAAAACACUACAGUGUUAGAAAGUUUUGAAAAAAAUUUUGCAGUUUCCUUUGUACAUGUAAACAGUACAUAUUAUGAGAAAGAUAAACAUUGCAUUCAAGAAUUAUUAGAAUCUAUGUCUGCAUUUUGUUCUCAUGUUGUGACACUGUUUGAAAUGAUCGUGAAAUUGUUUAUAACAGUAAUGUUCUCCCAAUUUCGGAAAGACUAUUUGAGAGUAGUUAAAAGAGAAAAAGGGAAAGCACUUAGAAAAAAAAUUAUGGAAAAAAAUGAAAAAAAUGCAUUUCAACAUGUAACCAUGGACUUUAUCAGGAAUGACAUGUCAACUGAUAAAACUAUUUCACAUUUGAAAUUAAAAACUGAUGCGCUUUCUGAUCCACUUUUUUAUAAGAAUUUUAAGAAAGCAGAACUGCUGCAACUUUUGAAAUGUUACAAUGAAAGUAUUUCUUCGGGUAGUAGUAAGAAUGAUAUUGGAGAAUAUUUAACAGACAUUCUCACUAAUCCAGAAUGCGUUAAAAUGUGUAACCCAACCUGUCUCCAGGAGCAAUAUACAGAAAAUACAAAUAAUUUAGAAAAAUUGAAAACCAGAACAACAGUAAAUAAUGAACAACCACAUUUAUCAGAAGCUCUUUCUGUAGUAGGAAAAAAAGUAACAACAUUUGCAGAAAAUGAAGAACAAUGA